GCGAGUAAAUAACACAAGGAUGACUUGGAAAUGUUUCCCCUUGCUCCUCCUCGCAGUGUGCUUGGAGACAUCGGUCCUGGCAGGGGACUUUUGGACGCAUUGCCACGAACGUCACUUCUGGGUUACAAUAAAGUCAACCUUCCUCGCUGAGAAGUUCGGUUUCAAUUUUGAAGACCGGAGUGUGGUCCACAUCCCAUCCGCUCGAGAGGCGGCCAAAUGCGGCUACACGGCCUUCCUGAACCACCGUGGCGACCUGGUGUUCCGGGCAUCCUUUCUUGCCUGCAACGUCCUAAGUCAGAAUGACACAGAGUACAGUUUGAAUAUGUGGUUUUGGAAUCGCUGGGCCAACGGGACUGCCACAGCUUUUCCAUUCCGCCUAUACUGCGCCCUCCAGUGGCCGUGGGGCGCCAGGGAGAUAGUGUGUGAGGAGAACUACAUGGAGGUGUCUGUCCAACUCCCCGUGCUUCAUGCUUCCUUCAAAGCUCAGCCGGACAAUACGGUGUUGGAGACGGGGGUCCGGAUACACCGGCAGUCCGCAACAGGGGAGGACGAAGGGGAGGCCAGCCUAGAGCCCGUCAUGUCAUGGAGGGAGGCCUCCGACCUGGGCUACCUCGUCUCCCACGCCGGGCCCCGGCUGCUGCUCCGCGCGGCGUACUCCUCUCCUCUGUCGUACACCGUCAAGGAGCAGGGAUUGGACAUGGAGGUGAUGAGCGCCUCCAUCCUCCUCUCAGUCCAGGGGGUCCCGAUGGCCGUCAGCACCGUCGCCGCCUGCAACAAGAACCAGGCCGUAGUGGACGGUCCUGACCUGCUGUGGGCGGACCCCCACGCCGUCCCCCAGCUGACCCGGGGCCGGCUCCGGGAGGGGCCCUCGAGGCUGGGGGUGGGGCCCCUGAUGGUGAGCGCGGUCGAGGCCCAGGAGAGGGGGUACCGCGUCCGUCUGUCCGACGGGCGGCUGGAGCUCCGGGUCCCCCUCGCCUCCCCGGGGGUGGACGUCACGAGCGCGGUGGUGGAGGGCCGCUACGGUCAGCGGGCGGGGCUCCAGCUGUUCUUCCUGCGCCACACCGAUCCCUCCGGCUCCUGA